CUGCAGUUCCCCUGGCGCUCACUGCAAAGGAACCCGGAGACGCUGCGCAACCUACAUUCCCUGACCCCCUCACCCCCCCCCCCCGCGCAUGCUGUCGGGUGGUACAAGCCAGUCGAGAUGUGAGAGUGAAAGAGAGAUAGGGCUGGGACUAUUGCGGCGUUUAUUCAAGCCGGCAUGUCGUAGCCAAUCGGAUUAAACGUUGAAACCGAAAAGGUGGGAGUAGCGUCUUUUCCAAGGAGACUAGAAGUGCGCGCUGAAAUACACGGAUGCGGUUCGGCACCGCUCCCUCCUUUCUUUGCCGAAAGUGAUCCGGUAGUAAUGGUGAACGCAUCAACACAGAAUCGAAAGAGAAGAGAAAAUAAUCCCACUCAUCUUCCAGGACGCGGCGGACGCUCCUCCCCGCCGGCGCUCGGCCAUUCCCCUCUUGCUAAGAUGUCUGCCGCCAUCGCUGCGCUCGCCUCGUACGGAGGCUCCGAUUCGGAUUCAGACUCCGGCGCCGAGGCUGAGGGCGGGACCGGCCCCCUGGCUCAGGUGGCGGCUGGGGACUCGGUGCUGCACCUGGCCUCGCUUCCUGCUGCCCAACAGCAGGCGAUCCUGCCCGCCGUGGACUCGGCCCCUGCGGUGGCGGUGAAGGAAGAUGUGGAAACAGGAGUUCAUCUUGAUCCAGCUACCAAGGACGUUCAGUAUAACCCAACAUAUGACACCAUGUUUGCACCUGAGUUUGGACCAGUGAAUCCUUUUAAGACUCAGCAGAUGGCUGCACCCAGGAAUAUGCUUUCUGGAUAUACGGAACCAGCACACAUUAAUGACUUCAUGUUUGAACAACAAAGAAGAACAUUUGCAACCUACGGAUAUGCUCUGGAUCCUUCAGUAGAUAAUUAUGAUGUUUCUACUAAAUAUAUUGGAUCUGUUGAGGAAGCAGAAAAGAAUCAAGGUCUGACAGUAUUUGAAACUGGGCAGAAGAAAACAGAAAAAAGGAAGAAAUUCAAAGAGAAUGAUGCCUCUAAUAUUGAUGGUUUCUUGGGACCAUGGGCAAAGUACAUUGAUGAAAAGGAUGUUGCCAAACCUUCAGAAGAAGAACAGAGGGAACUGGAUGAAAUAACAGCAAAGAGGCAAAAGAAAGGCAAGCAUGAAGAUGACAAACCUGGAGAGGAAAAGACUAUUUUGCAUGUCAAAGAGAUGUAUGACUACCAGGGGAGGUCCUACCUUCAUGUCCCUCAGGAUGUUGGAGUUAACCUGCGUUCACCUGUGCCCCCUGAGAAAUGUUACCUUCCUAAAAAACAGAUUCAUGUGUGGUCUGGGCACACAAAGGGUGUCAGUGCUGUCAGACUGUUUCCUCUUUCUGGCCACCUGUUGCUGUCUUGUUCGAUGGACUGCAAAAUUAAGCUCUGGGAAGUUUAUGGUGAACGAAGAUGCUUACGAACAUUCAUUGGGCAUAGUAAAGCUGUUCGAGAUAUAUGCUUCAACAAUGCUGGGAGCCAGUUUCUCAGUGCCGCCUAUGACCGAUAUCUUAAACUCUGGGAUACUGAAACAGGACAGUGCAUUUCAAGAUUCACCAACAGAAAGGUUCCUUACUGUGUCAAGUUCAAUCCUGAUGAAGACAAGCAAAACCUAUUUGUGGCAGGGAUGUCAGAUAAGAAAAUUGUUCAAUGGGACAUUCGAAGUGGAGAAAUCGUACAGGAGUAUGACAGGCAUUUGGGUGCUGUCAACACCAUUGUGUUUGUGGAUGAAAACAGACGAUUUGUCAGCACGUCUGAUGACAAGAGUUUGAGGGUCUGGGAAUGGGACAUUCCAGUAGAUUUCAAGUACAUCGCAGAACCAAGUAUGCACUCAAUGCCAGCAGUGACUUUGUCUCCAAAUGGAAAAUGGUUGGCGUGUCAAUCGAUGGACAAUCAGAUUUUGAUUUUUGGUGCUCAGAACAGAUUCAGACUAAAUAAAAAGAAAAUUUUCAAAGGGCAUAUGGUGGCAGGCUAUGCUUGUCAAGUUGAUUUUUCACCUGACAUGAGCUAUGUGAUAUCAGGAGAUGCAGAUGGGAAGCUCAAUAUCUGGGACUGGAAGACAACAAAACUUUACAGUAGACUAAAAGCCCACGACAAAGUCUGCAUUGGCGCAGUGUGGCAUCCACACGAAACAUCCAAGGUGAUCACAUGCGGAUGGGAUGGCCUCAUUAAACUCUGGGACUGAAUACUGUGUGCUGAAUUAUGUGCAUACCGUUUUGGAAACGUUCUAACCAAGAUUUGGUGUGGAAGAAUUCCCUAGUGAGGAUUGUGUCCUGUCAGAAUCUGAAAAUGGCCACAUGAAAUGCACUGAAGUGGGAGGCUCUGGAUGAUUUUUAGCUCUUUCACAUGGAAUUAAACCGGAAUACUUCUCUAGGAUUGUUUAAAGAAGCUGAAAUAAAGAUUCAGCACACUUUGCUCAGUUUUGUAAGUGCACAGUUUGUAAGUGUAGAGCUUUUCAUAUCAGCAUUACAUAGUAAUGUACCUGUUUAUAAAUACUACUUGGCAGUAUUCUGCAAUUCCAGGUAAAUAAGGGGGGUCACUGAAAUUACGUUGCGUAUAAUAGAAAUUUGUUACCCCAAAUUAUUGUUGUAUUUAAUUGAAAUAAGUAGUUGGCUUCAGAUGCACACUGAGAUACAUACUUUGUGCAGUUUCAUGUCCUCAAUUUGGAUUGUGCACAUGGGAAAAUUUCCCCCUAAAUCUAGCAACCCUGCUUUGGGAGGGAGGGGCCAUUAUCAAGUUAAUCACAGGUGCAAGGCAACUACCUGCUAUAAUGCUCUUUUGAGGUGGGAAGAACUCAACCUUGAACUCUGUUCCCUACUAUUCCGAUACACAAGAAGGUUCAUCUGCACAGGUAUGUUGGGGGGUUUUUGGCAGGGAGCACGUGUCUCACAACCUGCUUUUCAAAUUUCUUCACAAUAUAAGAUUCUGAUUGCUUUGUUUGCUUUUUAAAUAAAGAAAUCCAAAGAACGUUGUGUAUAAACCUCUUAACAUAUAAACCUCCAUGUACCGUUUCAUUGUAAAAAAAAAAACCCACCCCCAUUUAUCCAGCAGGGUUUGUGUAAAAGCAAAUGUUAGUGAACUGCAGCUUAUUAUAAAUGUACCUCAAAGAGGAUAUAAUUGGAAGCAGCAGCAGCUUUAUCACUUGUCCACCCACAUCUCGUAAAUAAAUGGGCACUUUAAUAUCUAUUUUUAUUUUAUAGAAAUGUUUUGUGUGCUGAAAUACUGUAUAUAUGUCUCCAUCUUUCUUUUUACAGAAAUUAUUUUUAAUAAAUGUUUUAUAUAAAAAGACCUUUCUGUUUAACAAAG